GUGGCGGGGGGGGGGGCGGGCGCGCGCGCGCGGCUUUACCCUCGCUCGGCGGCGGCGGCGGCGGCGGCUUCUUUGUUUCCUGAGGCGAGGCGAGACGCCCCCUGUGCCUCGGGCCCCGCGCGCAGGGCCGGGGGCGGCGCCGGGAAGGCGACGGCGCGGGCGGCUCCCGGAGACAGGUGUGCCCAGCUCCGCUGACCAUGUCCACCCCUGACCCGCCUCUGGGCGGGACCCCUCGGCCAGGACCCUCCCCUGGCCCCGGCCCCUCCCCGGGAGCCAUGCUGGGCCCUAGCCCUGGGCCCUCUCCUGGCUCUGCCCACAGCAUGAUGGGGCCCAGCCCAGGCCCCCCGUCGGCAGGACACCCCAUCUCCACGCCAGGGCCCGGCGGAUACCCGCAGGACAACAUGCACCAGAUGCACAAGCCAAUGGAGUCCAUGCACGAGAAGGGCCUCUCCGAUGACCCCCGCUAUGGCCAGAUGAAGGGUUUGGGCCUGCGGUCCGGGGGCCACGCCGGGAUGGGGCCCCCGCCCAGCCCCAUGGACCAGCAUUCUCAAGGUUACCCCUCACCCCUGGGUGGCUCCGAGCACGCCUCCAGCCCCGUGCCCGCCAGCGGCCCAUCCUCCGGCCCCCAGAUGGCAUCCGGGCCCGGAGGCGCCCCACUCGAUGCCGCCGACCCACAGGCCUUGGGCCAGCAGAACCGGGGCCCGACCCCAUUCAACCAGAACCAGCUGCACCAGCUGCGGGCGCAGAUCAUGGCCUACAAGAUGCUGGCCCGGGGGCAGCCCCUGCCCGACCAUCUGCAGAUGGCGGUGCAGGGCAAGCGGCCCCUGCCGGCCAUGCAGCAGCAGAUGCCCACGCUGCCCCCGCCCUCCGUGUCUGCUGCAGGGCCUGGGCCCGGCCCUGGCCCCGGCCCUGCACCACCCAACUAUAGCCGCCCUCACGGUAUGGGCGGACCCAACAUGCCCCCACCAGGACCCUCAGGCGUGCCCCCCGGGAUGCCGGGCCAGCCCCCUGGAGGGCCUCCCAAGCCCUGGCCUGAUGGGCCCCUGGCCAAUGCUGCUGCUCCCACCAGCACACCUCAGAAGCUGAUUCCCCCGCAGCCGACGGGCCGCCCCUCACCCGCGCCCCCCGCUGUCCCGCCUGCUGCCUCGCCCGUGAUGCCACCGCAGACACAGUCCCCUGGGCAGCCGGCCCAGCCCGCGCCCAUGGUGCCACUGCACCAGAAGCAGAGCCGCAUCACCCCCAUCCAGAAGCCGCGGGGCCUGGACCCCGUAGAGAUCCUGCAGGAGCGCGAGUACAGGCUGCAGGCGCGCAUCGCACACCGAAUUCAGGAACUCGAAAACCUCCCCGGCUCCCUGGCCGGAGAUCUGCGAACCAAAGCGACCAUCGAGCUCAAGGCUCUCCGGCUGCUCAACUUCCAGAGGCAGCUGCGGCAGGAGGUGGUGGUGUGCAUGCGGCGGGACACGGCCCUCGAGACGGCGCUCAACGCCAAGGCCUACAAGCGCAGCAAGCGACAGUCCCUGCGCGAGGCCCGCAUCACGGAGAAGCUGGAGAAGCAACAGAAGAUCGAGCAGGAGCGGAAGCGCCGGCAGAAGCACCAGGAAUACCUCAACAGCAUCCUCCAGCACGCCAAGGACUUCAAGGAGUACCACCGCUCGGUGACAGGCAAGAUCCAGAAGCUGACCAAGGCGGUGGCCACCUACCACGCCAACACGGAGCGCGAGCAGAAGAAGGAGAACGAGCGCAUCGAGAAGGAGCGCAUGCGGCGGCUCAUGGCGGAGGACGAGGAGGGCUACCGCAAACUCAUUGACCAGAAGAAGGACAAGCGGCUGGCCUACCUCCUGCAGCAGACAGACGAGUACGUGGCCAACCUCACCGAGCUGGUGCGCCAGCACAAGGCCGCGCAGGUGGCCAAGGAGAAGAAGAAGAAGAAGAAGAAGAAGAAGGCAGAAAACGCAGAGGGACAGACGCCCGCCAUCGGCCCUGAUGGGGAGCCCUUGGAUGAGACGAGCCAGAUGAGCGACCUGCCGGUGAAGGUGAUCCAUGUGGAGAGCGGCAAGAUCCUCACGGGCACGGAUGCCCCCAAGGCAGGCCAGCUGGAGGCCUGGCUCGAGAUGAACCCGGGGUACGAGGUGGCUCCCAGAUCGGACAGCGAGGAAAGCGGCUCCGAAGAGGAAGAGGAGGAGGAGGAGGAGGAGCAGCCGCAGCCUGCACAGCCGCCCGCGCUGCCCGUGGAGGAGAAGAAGAAGAUUCCAGACCCUGACAGCGAUGACGUCUCUGAGGUGGACGCCCGCCACAUCAUCGAGAAUGCCAAGCAGGAUGUGGAUGACGAGUACGGCGUGUCUCAGGCCCUGGCGCGCGGGCUGCAGUCCUACUACGCCGUGGCCCACGCCGUCACUGAGCGCGUGGACAAGCAGUCUGCGCUCAUGGUCAACGGCGUGCUCAAGCAGUACCAGAUCAAGGGCCUGGAGUGGCUGGUGUCUCUGUACAACAACAACCUGAACGGGAUCCUGGCCGACGAGAUGGGCCUGGGCAAGACCAUCCAGACCAUCGCGCUCAUCACAUACCUCAUGGAGCACAAGCGCAUCAACGGCCCCUUCCUCAUCAUCGUGCCGCUCUCGACACUGUCCAACUGGGCAUAUGAGUUCGACAAGUGGGCCCCGUCUGUGGUGAAGGUGUCCUACAAGGGCUCCCCCGCCGCCCGGCGCGCCUUUGUGCCACAGCUCCGCAGUGGGAAGUUCAAUGUGCUGCUGACCACGUACGAGUACAUCAUCAAGGACAAGCACAUCCUGGCCAAGAUCCGCUGGAAGUACAUGAUCGUGGACGAGGGCCACCGCAUGAAGAACCACCACUGCAAGCUGACGCAGGUGCUGAACACGCACUACGUGGCCCCCCGCCGCCUGCUGCUCACGGGCACCCCGCUGCAGAACAAGCUCCCCGAGCUGUGGGCGCUGCUCAACUUCCUCCUCCCCACCAUCUUCAAGAGCUGCAGCACGUUCGAGCAGUGGUUCAACGCGCCCUUCGCCAUGACAGGCGAGAAGGUGGACCUGAACGAGGAGGAGACAAUCCUCAUUAUCCGGCGACUUCACAAGGUGCUGCGGCCCUUCCUGCUGCGGCGCCUCAAGAAGGAGGUCGAGGCGCAGCUGCCCGAGAAGGUGGAGUACGUCAUCAAGUGCGACAUGUCGGCGCUGCAGCGCGUGCUGUACCGACACAUGCAGGCCAAGGGCGUGCUGCUCACCGACGGCUCCGAGAAGGACAAGAAGGGCAAGGGCGGCACCAAGACGCUCAUGAACACCAUCAUGCAGCUGCGCAAGAUCUGCAACCACCCCUACAUGUUCCAGCACAUCGAGGAGUCCUUCUCCGAGCACCUGGGCUUCACUGGUGGCAUUGUGCAGGGGCUGGACCUGUACCGUGCCUCCGGCAAGUUCGAGCUGCUGGACCGCAUCCUGCCCAAGCUGCGAGCCACCAGCCACAAAGUGCUGCUCUUCUGCCAGAUGACCUCGCUCAUGACCAUCAUGGAGGACUACUUCGCCUACCGCGGCUUCAAGUAUCUGCGCCUGGACGGCACCACCAAGGCUGAGGACCGGGGGAUGCUGCUGAAGACCUUCAACGAGCCGGGCUCCGAGUACUUUAUCUUCUUGCUGAGCACACGUGCUGGCGGCCUGGGCCUCAAUCUGCAGUCGGCCGACACCGUCAUCAUCUUCGACAGCGACUGGAACCCGCACCAGGACCUGCAGGCACAGGACCGCGCCCACCGCAUUGGGCAGCAGAACGAGGUGCGCGUGCUGCGCCUGUGCACGGUCAACAGCGUGGAGGAGAAGAUCCUGGCGGCUGCCAAGUACAAGCUCAACGUGGACCAGAAGGUGAUCCAGGCGGGCAUGUUCGACCAGAAGUCCUCGAGCCACGAGCGCCGCGCCUUCCUGCAGGCCAUCCUGGAGCACGAGGAGCAGGACGAGAGCAGACACUGCGGCCCGGGCAGCGGCAGUGCCAGCCUCGCCCACUCUGCCCCUCCGCCCGCGGGCCUCAACCCCGACCUGGAGGAGCCACCUCUAAAGGAGGAAGAUGAGGUGCCCGACGAUGAGACCGUCAACCAGAUGAUCGCCCGGCAUGAGGAGGAGUUCGACCUGUUCAUGCGCAUGGACCUGGACCGCAGGCGCGAGGAGGCCCGCAACCCCAAGCGGAAGCCACGGCUGAUGGAGGAAGACGAGCUGCCGUCGUGGAUCAUCAAGGACGACGCCGAGGUGGAGCGGCUGACGUGCGAGGAGGAGGAGGAGAAGAUGUUCGGACGCGGCUCGCGGCACCGCAAGGAGGUGGACUACAGCGACUCGCUCACCGAGAAGCAGUGGCUGAAGGCCAUCGAGGAGGGCACGCUGGAGGAGAUCGAAGAGGAGGUUCGGCAGAAGAAGUCGUCGCGCAAGCGCAAGCGGGAGAGUGACGCCGGCCCCUCCACCCCGACGGCCAGCACGCGCAGCCGCGACAAGGACGACGAGAGCAAGAAGCAGAAGAAGCGCGGGCGGCCACCAGCCGAGAAGCUCUCGCCCAACCCGCCCAGCCUCACCAAGAAGAUGAAGAAGAUUGUGGAUGCCGUGAUCAAGUACAAGGACAGCAGUAGCGGCCGGCAGCUGAGCGAGGUCUUCAUCCAGCUCCCCUCCCGCAAGGAGCUGCCGGAGUACUACGAGCUCAUCCGCAAGCCUGUGGACUUCAAGAAGAUAAAGGAGCGCAUCCGCAACCACAAAUACCGCAGCCUCAACGACCUGGAGAAGGACGUGAUGCUGCUGUGCCAGAACGCGCAGACCUUCAACCUGGAGGGCUCACUGAUCUACGAAGACUCCAUCGUGCUGCAGUCCGUGUUCACCAGUGUGCGGCAGAAAAUCGAGAAGGAGGAUGACAGCGAGGGCGAGGAGAGCGAGGAAGAGGAGGAGGGUGAAGAGGAAGGCUCUGAGUCUGAGUCCCGCUCCGUGAAGGUGAAGAUCAAGCUGGGCCGGAAGGAGAAGGCACAGGACCGGCUCAAGGGGGGUCGGCGACGGCCGAGCCGGGGGUCUCGGGCCAAGCCAGUGGUGAGCGACGACGACAGUGAAGAGGAGCAGGAGGAGGACCGUUCAGGAAGUGGCAGCGAGGAAGACUGAACCCCGACAUUCCAGAGCCGCCCCCCAGCCCCUGGUUCCAGAGCCAAGACGGUGUAGCCCUUAGCAGUAACGGGUAGCAGCUGACGUAGUUUCCGACUUGGGGUGAAAGUGUAUCCGCGCCCCCUCAUAUUUAUACAGAGAAGAUGUAGGACUGUUUGCGUCCGGCCCGGCCCCGGUGCUGGGGCCGGUGGUCGGUCAGAGCAUUAAUGUUCGCACCAAGGCCCAGCCCAGAGGGGGUGCAGGGGGCGGGUGGAUGCCACCGGCUCCCCCCUCCCUCGGCGGGGAGCCCUGGUAGCCGCGGUGGGGACCACUGUCGUGUGGGCCGGGGGUGCAUGCGUGUAGCCGGCCCCUCCUCGUACUGUAUUUCUCGGACAGGCCACACCCGCCGGGCCAGGGCCUCAGGCCUGGCGGCGAAUGUCAGUGUCACUGGAUGUCAAACAGUAAUAAAUUAAGCCGAUGACAACACA